GCUAAAUCAAGCUAAUAAUACAUACCCAAUUCUCGAAUUCUCGCUUUCAAUUUUGUUCUUACGAUCCGCUUUGUGAAUCGGAUCAUUGGGUGGAUUUAUUGUCCAUCAAAUUGGUGCUCUCAUUGAGAGUUCGAGAAUCAUACUCAGAAGAAAUCCUCCACAAUGACGAUGGUGCAAACACGUAGCAACGCCAACGAGGUGCUGGCUGCACUUGUGCCCAACCGCGAGGUUGUGGUAGAAGAUGUGGCUGGGGGGCCCACAGGCGGGAAGGCUGGACCUGCAGGCUCCCAAGGAAAAAAGAAAAAAGUAAGGCGGUCCCAGAAGAAGAAGGCGACCAAGCAUAAUGGGAAGGCUGUGAUGGCUGAUGCGCUUUCCAGGCUGGAAGAAGAGGACGAGUCGUCCUCCUUCGAGCGGAUGUCUGCUUUUGACCGUUUGGGAGACCCCAAGUCAAAGAAGCCUCGGACCUCUGCGUUCGAACGGCUGCAGGACACUCGGUCGGCCCGAAAAGGCGACCUGAGAGACACGCUCAAGGAGAAGAGAGGGGAGUCCACAGCGACCUCCAAGGUCGGUUCUGAGGAGCGACGGACGACAGUCGGGGAUAAGGGCACAGCCGAGUUGUGGAAAAUGUACGAACAACUGGAGAAGCGGCUGGAUGCCCAGAACCCCUAUCGUACAACGGGACGACCGAUCCCCAAGACCACCUCGCUCGCUUCGGGGCCAACGUGGUCAUAUAAGUGGAGCGACCUGGCCAACAAGUUCUUAGAGCACUUCGCAUCCAGCCGGAGGCAAAAGCUCCCCUUCUCGCAUUUGCUCAAUGUGAAGAUCCGGAAGGGGGAACAGCUCCGGGAGUUCAUUAAUAGGGCGAAGUACCUGGCGCUAGAAGAAGAUGAUGAUGAGCCACCAGUCUGGAAGGAAAAGAAAAGCGGGCCACCGGUGGCAGAAGGGAAGAAAAGGAAAGAUUAUGGUAAGGGGUCGAACCCCACCGGAUAUCAUGCGAACAGGCAUCCUGUUCACGCGGUACAGUCGUUGCCGACCCCUCCUCAUGGUCGGGAAAGCUAUGGUGUGCAAGAUGCGCCCAAAUACUGCGAGUACCACCGUAACAGCACCCAUAACACGUCGGAGUGCGUUACGUUGAAGAAGGAGAUGGAUCAGUUGAUCGCUAGAGGGCCACCUCCUCGGUCGGAGCGACAGUCCUCAAGUAACCGGACCUGGAGGAGGCCGCCAGCCCCCACGGCAGCGAUCACAGCAGGAGAGGGGCAAGAAGAUGGACGGCGGCACCUAGGACGAGAUUGUGACGACCUAGAUGAGGAGGAGAGGCAAGGUCGCCGACACCUGGGGUGUCGGUUCAUCAUGGGAGGAAACACUGGAGGCGAUUCGGUAUCCUCCCGGAAGAGGUGGAAGAACAUGGUGUACCUGGCCGAGGUACAAAGGCCGCCGCUGCCUAAGCGGAAGAAGAAGGAACCUCUGAUCUUUACAGACGAGGAUUAUCCCCAAGUCCUCAGCCCUCACAGGGACGCUCUGGUGAUAAGAGUGGAGAUCAAUAAUGUGGUUGUUCACCGAACCUUGGUCGAUACGGGCAGCUCGGUCAACGUAAUGUACAGCAACACCUUUAAGGAGUUGGGGUUGUCCCGAAGUGACCUGAAACCAAUCCAUACGCCGCUAUCAGGGUUUACAGGGGAUACUAUCGAGGCUGAAGGAACUGUCACGAUGAAGGCCGGGGUAGGAGAUGGCACCCACCGGCUCUGGAUCGACAUGGAAUUUAUGGUAGUGCAGCUUGACUGUGCACACCAUUUGAUUCUGGGGCGACCAGGGUUGGAGGAUUUAGAGUGCGUAAUCUCCCCCGCCCACUUAUGCUUAAAGUUCAACACUCCCACAGGGGUGGGAGUAGCAAAGGGGAACCAGAGCCUGUCACGGUCGUGCUACGUCAGGGCGACCAAAAGCCAAGCCCGAGUCGACGAGAAUGUGAGCACGAUAUGUGCGGCAAUCCAGAAGGAGGAGGGGCGACCCCGAGCUGAGCCGGCGGAAGAGGUCGAGGAAGUAUCUUUGGACCCGGUUGAGCCAGAGCGGAAGGUGAAGAUAGAGUUCAAGCCGCGACCGGCGAUAAAGGGGCAGGCGUUAGCAGAUUUCGUGGUAGAAUGCACUGCGAGAGAGGUAGAGUCUAGUGGAGAAGAACCCGAAGGGAACUGGUGGACCGUGUACACCGAUGGGUCGUCCGCGACUGAUGCUUCGGGGGGAGGUGUCGUGGCGAUAUCACCGAAAGGAUUCAAGGCAUACUACUCCGUGAGGUUCCGGUUUAAAGUCUCGAACAAUGAGGCUGAAUAUGAGGCGCUACUUUGUGGCUUGAGGUUGGCAGCUUCAUUAAAAGCUGAGCGAAUCCAAGUCCGGUGCGAUUCCAAGCUAGUAGUAGGCCAUGUCACUGGAGAGUUUGAGGCCAAGGAUGAACGGAUGAAGAAGUAUAGAGACACUGCCCUGGAGUUGCUCAAAGCAUUUGGGGCGUACCGGAUAGACACAUCAGGGAGCCUUCACGAUGUCCAGGAAGGUGACCCUACAAGGAUACUUUUGGCCAACGAUUAUCAGAGAUUGCGCAGAGUACGUGCGCAAAUGCAAGGUUUGCCAGGAGUUCCAGAGGAUGCCAGGGCAACCGGCGACGAAUUACACCCCGAUAAGCACGGCGAUUCCCUUUGCUCGCAAAUCAUCACUGACAACGGAACCCAAUUCAAGGCCGGAGGGUUCAAUGAGUUUCUACAGAGCUGGGGCAUAAAACACAGCUAUGCAGCGGUUGGGUACCCCCAAACCAAUGGGCAGGUUGAGAACACCAAUCGCACCAUCAUGGACGGCCUCAAGAAGAAGAUAAUGGAAUGCAAAAGUGCUUGGGUGGAAGAAUUGCCCUAUAUUUUGUGGACCUACAGAACUACCCCAAGGAAGGCCACCGGUGAAACUCCUUUCUCGCUCAUAUAUGGAUUUGAAGCAAGGGCUCCAGCGGAGACCUCGUUGUUAAGUUAUAGAGUAGAGACGUUUGAUGCUCAAGAAAAUGAGGAGAACCUGAGGGCAGAACUGCACCUCAUUGAUGAGCGAAGGGAAAGGGCAUAUAUGCGGGCAGAAAACUACCGCCGGCAGGUCAAGUCAUAUCACAACCAGCGGGUGCGACCAAGGCAGUUCAAGAUGGGCGACUGGGUCCUUCGGAAAAGGGAGGUCAGUCGGCCGACCGAUGGAGGGAAGUUUGCUAAAAGCUUCGAGGGGCCAUAUAUCAUAAAGGAGGUAUUGGCUGAUGGGACAUUUAGAUUGCAGACUCCAACCGGUGGCGACGUUCCGCGAGUAUGGAAUGCCGCCAACCUUAUCAAAUUUUAUCAAUAGAUUGUAUUCCAGCCAUGUCUCUUUCUUGAAGUUUAAUAAAACCAGCUUUCUGGCACAUUUUGUCUUCAAUUCUCAAAAAAAAGGGGGGAAAAGGAGCGACCACAAGAGAUCGCUAAGCCCAAAACUGCACGGUGAUCCGUGCUAAGAUACUAGUGGGUGAAGUGUCGAACCCUAUCAAGCGACCAAGGUUGAAGACGACGCCGUGGCAAGAAAGCCUGAGAAAACGG